ACUCAGGACACCCAUGUUUUUUCAUACAAAAGAGAUUUUUACCCUUUUCUACGAAAAAACAUGGUUGGCCUAAACAAUUAACAUACAAGAUUAUUUGCAUUAGAAAGCCCUUUACAGAAAGGAUCUGAGGGACAAAGGAUCAGCUAGAUGGGAAGCCAAAACAGACCCUGCCACUGUGGCCCCAGGGGGACCUAUUGUUCCUGCCCUGCACCCAAUAAACCCGCCUCCCAACGCACAAUUUGCUAUGGACCUGAGGAUGAACUCCCCAAGGACAACAGAAGAGAGCUAGAGCCGCCAAAGGAUAAGAAAAAGAACGAAAAGAACGACAAGAACGACAAGAAAGAAAAGAAAAAAAAAGGAAAAAAAGAUAAGAAAAGUGGAAAGAAAAAGUGUGUGCUGAUGUAAAACACUAUGGGAGAGGAGAAGGCCCUUUGGAAUCCCUGUCAGGUUUGUUAGUUUGGCUUUGCCUGACGGUAGCUAACCUGUGUGGGAACCUAAGUUUUCAGCCUAUUUUAUUUGGAAAAUGUCGUCUCCUUGUGGAAAGUGCAACAAUACAUGUCCUUGCGGCACCACUGGUGGUGCCCCAGCAACAGUGGUGGCUCAACAGGCGCCGCACCGUCCUCCUCCCGCCUAUGUUCAAGGUCAGCAGCAGGAUUGCAACGGUGACCAAUGUGCUUACCCGGGACCCCAGGGACAGCAGCAGGUACAGCAGCAGAGUGCCCCCCACCACCAGGAACCUCAAGGAGGCACCGGGGCCCCCCUAGCCGGAUGCCAGCUUAGUCCAUCCGCACAGCAAAACCGGACACAACAUGUGGAUUGCUCAUGUACCAGCAACAGGACCCGAACGGGCGUGAUGACGGGAAUGCCGGGUCCUCAGGGACCCCAGGCGGACUAUGUAUCCUGCAGCCGACCACCCCAAAGCCAACAGCAGCAGAUGGGCUACAUGGAAACUCGCUGCAAUUGCCGUGAGAAGCCGCAUGUUGAGUGCCAUUGUGCUCCGCCUCCGGGUCACACCCAGGCCAUCGCACAACCCAUUCAAAAUACGAAUACAAAUGCAGGCAACUACCAGCCCACCUAUGCGCACGUUCCAUGCGGUCGUGGGAACACUCCUGGACGUACCGGCCCUCAGCCAUACCGCACGCAAGCGUCUAGUUGCGCACACUGUCGAUCUAAUAGAAAGAGGAAGUGCAUCAUCCAGUAAGAUUCCCGCAAAUCUGAUUAAAUCCUAGCAGGCGCUACCAAGCAGAAACACACACAAACACACAGACACACACACACUGGCAAUCACACACUCAGGAUGACAGUUUUCCUAAAUUUUGGUUCGUCAAAAUUUUCAGUAAGCUUUAUGAUUCGACCUAAAUUUAUUUCUCGACAAUAAAUCCAAUGUGAAUGCUAAUGGGCAAGUAAACGUGGCACCUCUAGCCGCAAUCUUGGUCUUUA